UUUCCGGGUUCAACCCGCAGCUGCAGCCGUUGUUUGCAGCGCCAUGGCGGCCGUACGCAGCCUGCGGGUGUCGGUGAAGUCGGACAGCGGCUCGGAGCACUCGGACCCGGACUCGGACUCGGACUCGGACCGGGAUGCUCGCGAUGCGGAGCCGAUGGAGGUGGAGGAGGGGGAGCUGGAGGACGUGUCGGUGACGCGCUGCCUGACGGAGCUGCUGCCGGACACCAGCCGCCGCUACGAGAACAAGGGCGGAGCCUUCAUCACCGGGAUCGACGUCAACUCCAAGGAAGCCAUUGAGCGGAAGGAGAAGCGAGCGAGACGUUUUCAUUUCCAGGCCGAGGAGAGCGACGCUCAGAGGAACCUCUUUCUGGACAAAGACAUCCUGAAGAAAGCCAUCCCCAACCUCCGCAUGGAGGCGGUCUACGUGACCGGCGUGGACGACAUGAGCACGCAGGACAUCUUUGGAUAUUUUAAGGAAUAUCCUCCGGCGCACAUCGAGUGGAUCGACGAUGCUUCCUGUAACGUGGUUUGGCUUGACGACAACACGCCCAUCAGAGCCCUUAUCAACGCCAGCCGGACGCCAGACCCGGAGGCCGUUACCACGGAGACAGAGGGCGCCAAAGAGCCGGCCGAGCAGAGCGAAGUUCCCCAGGGUCAGAGGUCAGAUGAAGAGGAGGAGGGUGAGGUGGACGAAGACGAGACGGCGAAGAAGAGUGGCGAGGAGGUGGAGGGGAAGGACAGCGACGCAGAGGCGGAGCCAAAGACAAAGGAGGAGGGCAGUCAGAUAAACGACCUACCAGGAGCAGAGAGAGAGUCUCUGCUGAGGAACGACCUGCGGCCGGCGAUCAAACCGUUCAAAGGAAACAGAAUCCUCCUGCGCUUCGCCACACAAGAAGAUAAGAAGGAGCUGGGCGCCGCCCGCCGCAGCAGGUACUACAUGAAGUACGGAAACCCCAACUACGGAGGCAUGAGGGGAAUCCUGAGCAACUCCUGGAAGCGGAGGUUUCACAAAUCACGAAUCCAGCGAGACGUCAUCAAGACCAAGAAGCCUCUGAUCGGAGACAGCAUGGGUCACACGCCGCCCUACACGCACCGGCACUCAGCUGACCUGGUCAACCUGCCAGAGGAGCCAAUCAAAGAAGAAGAAGAGGAGGAGGACGAUGACUACGGCGGGGACGAGGACAUGGACUCGGACGACCGGGUGGUGGAGUACAAGGAGCGAGGAGAGAAGAGCGCCGCCCUGCGCUCGCCGGGGGCGGGGCUUCGUAGCCGGGCGGACCGCUCGCCGUCUCCGUGGUCGGAGUCGGACGAGAUGGAUUACGACCUGGAGCUGAAGAUGAUCUCCACGCCGUCGCCAAAGAAGAGCAAGAAGAUGACCAUGUACGCCGACGAGCUGGACACGCACCUGAAGAGCAUCCGGAACCGUCUCGGGGAGACCGGGUCUCAGAGCAGGAGCAGGUCCCCGACCCCCCCCCCCAAGCUGACGGACGUGCGCCAGCUGCUGGAGGAGAAGAGACAGGGACAGAGAGAGAGAGAGGGGCAGAGAGAGAGAGAGGGACCCGCCCCCCUGGUGGCCAGCGGAGGGAAAACAGAUGUUCGACAGAGACUGGGCAAGAGACCACGCUCCCCCUCCCCCCCCAGGGACACGCCCCCGACCAGAGAGCCAAUCAGAGACAUUCACCGCAGACUGGGUGUGGCCAGUCAAGAAACCAGAAGCCUGUUCUCUGACUCGUCCAAGGACAGGAAGACAAGUGGCCUGUGGAGCAGACUCGGCUCCGCGGAGGACGACAGCGGCUCCGGACGUCGCGACCUCAAGCCGAGCAGCCGCUCGCCGGGCCGGUUCUCCUCGUCCUCCGGGCGCAGCGGCGAGGGCGGUCCGGUGGGCCGAGGCGACGGAGGGAAGGAGGACAAGGAGGAGGCGGAGGAGGACGACGCCACGCUGCAGAACGUGUGGGGCGCCAUGAUCAAACAGAAACAGGAGCAGGUGUCGCACAAGAUGAAGAAGAGCCGACUGGACAACCUGCCGUCGCUGCAGAUCGAGAUCAGUCGGGACAGCAGCGACGAGUCCGACGCCUGAAC